AUGCGAAUGGCUAUCGGUUCCCAAGAUGACGAUUUGAGGUUGAGGUAUCAAUUCCGUCGUGAUGAGGAAGCAAGAAAAGCAUAUGAGAGCCGACAUAAAAAAGCUGGCGAACAAACUGAAAGAAAAAAGGAAGGCACCUAUGAUAAGAUGGUGCAGGACAAUAGAUAG